CAGCUCGCACUCGACUGCGGGAGAGAUUCUGGGCGCGGGUCGAAGGUGCUUGCCUCCUCUUGUCCCAAAUUACUCAGAAGAAAGAAACAGAGAAGGGGAUUUCACAGAAAAUCUUUCAGGUCGUGUAAUUUCAUGUCUUUUUGAGACAGUUUCUGAUACAUUUUUGACGUUGGCACGUAGCUUAUAAGCUGCUUCUCUGCGGCGUGUCUCCUCUGCGUCUGGGAUCCCAAACAACAAGCGUUCAACGUGAGUUUUGCCGUGUACAGCGAUUGAAUCUCGAUAAAAUACGGCAAGUAACAUUCAUUUUACCAAAGUCAGUUGCACUUUAUUAUGUUUCUGACAUGCCUCCUGAGAAUGUUUACUAGUUGGAUGCGAUACCGUCCUGCGUAAGUGCCAUGAAGUUUCUUGGUUCUUCUCCAGCCUGGUUCAGGCUUUAAUGCGCACUGAACCUCAACUCGCAUUUCUCCCCAAAUCCAUCAUCUUCUUUUUGUGAUCAUCAGCCUUAUUUUGGAAGAUGAGGUUCUUCUGCGACUUUUUGUGCACAUAAAAUUCUGAAAGGAAGAAGACACGAGGAGUCUGAAUUCGUGCUGUGAAGCCGCAUCACCUCCUAUGCCGUUUUGACCGUCUCGACAGCACGUUUUGAGAUUGUUCAAGAGAAACGUUAAAGUAUAAACACGAGGAUAAAGAUGAAGAAGUUCCGGAAGGUUUUGGACGGGUUGACCACUUCUUCACCUGUCAAUCCAGGUGGAUCUCCCGCGUGCGGCAGUGCGGCUGGGACCCCCAGUACGGCUCCGACACCGCGGGAGCUGGAAAUCCAGGAGACACUGAUGUCUGAGCACUUCCAAAUCUGUAAGACGGUGCGUCAUGGAUUUCCCUAUCAGCCCACAGCUCUGGCAUUUGACCCGGUGCAGAAGAUCCUUGCCAUUGGCUCUCGUUCCGGAGGAGUACGGCUUCUUGGACGGCCAGGAGUGGACUGUCAUUGCCAGCAUGAGAGUGGGGCGGCAGUUCUCCAACUGCAGUUUCUCAUCAACGAGGGGGCACUGGUCACAGCUUGUGCAGACGACACGCUGCAUCUCUGGAAUUUGCGACAGCGACGUCCGGCUAUCCUACACUCUCUCAAAUUCAACAGAGAGCGGAUCACAUUUUGCCAUCUUCCGUUUCAAAGUAAGUGGCUUUACGUGGGGACAGAGCGUGGAAAUACACACAUAGUGAACAUCGAAUCCUUCGUUUUGUCUGGAUAUGUCAUCAUGUGGAACAAGGCCAUAGAACUAUCAACAAAGACACAUCCAGGUCCUGUUGUACAUCUGAGUGACAGUCCAAAAGAUGAGGGAAAGUUGCUGAUAGGUUUUGAGAGCGGUACAAUAGUAAUGUGGGACCUGAGGGCCAAAAGAGCUGACUUCAGGAUAUACUAUGAUGAGGCCAUUCACUCAGUAAGCUGGCAUCAUGAGGGGCGGCAGUUCAUGUGCAGUCAUUCUGACGGCAGUCUGAGCAUGUGGAAUCUGAGAAACACAGCCAAACCUUUUCAAGUCACCUUCCCUCAUGGUAAGACUCAGAGAGAUGGUAGAAAAGAGUCAUGUAAACCCAUUCUCAAGGUGGAAUACAAGACCUCCAGAAACAGUAGUGAAGCAUUUGUUGUCUUCUCCGGGGGUCUUUCGUAUGAUAAGGCAGGACGGAGACCCACCCUAACCAUCAUGCAUGGCAAAGCCAUCACAGUCUUAGAGAUGGACUAUCCAAUAGUGGACUUCCUAGUGCUCUGUGAGACGCCUUAUCUCAACGAGGUCCAGGAGCCAUAUGCGGUGGUGGUUCUGCUGGAGAAAGAUUUUGUUGUGGUCGAUCUAACCCAGAGCAAUUUUCCUAUCUUUGAGAACGCCUACCCCAUGGACAUCCAUGAGUCUCCAGUCACGUGCACGGCUUACUUUGCCAACUGUCCCCCUGACAUCAUACCCGUGCUUUACUCCAUAGGAGCUAAACACAAAAAGACCGGCUACAGCCACAAGGAGUGGCCGGUCAGUGGUGGCACUUGGACGGUCGGUUCACAGACAUAUCCAGAAAUUAUUAUCACAGGACAUGCAGACGGAUCAAUAAAGUUUUGGGAUGCCACGGCGAUCACACUGCAGAUGUUGUAUAAGCUCAAGACUUCAAAGGUGUUUGAGAAGCCUAAAAGUGGAGAUGUGGGACGCAGUGCUGAGCUUGUGGAGGAAGACCCCUUCGCCAUUCAGAUGAUCAACUGGUGCCCGCAGAGCCGUAUCUUUUGUAUAGUCGGCAUCAGCGCCCACGUCAUACUGUACCGCUUCAGCAAACAUGAUGCCAACACCACCAUCACGUCUCUAGAAGUGCGACUGCAGUGUGAGAUGGAAGACGUCAUCUCUCCGUCAGAUACAGAGAACACUCCAUGUUUUUCGGACCCCAGCGGUCUCUCGCCCCAACCUCAGCCUCCAAGUCCCCGCAGCAACACGCCGGACAGUGUGCGGGACAGCAUCCCUUGCCUCAAGGUUAAAGAUCGUAUGAUCCGAAUGCCUCCUGGGUACCAGGCGGAGCUGGUGGUUCAGUUAUUAUGGGUCGAUGGAGAACCGCCACAACAAAUCACCAGCUUGGAUUUAAACUCUGCCUACGGACUGUUGGCUCUAGGUAACUGCAAUGGUUUGGCAGUGGUGGACUACCUGCAGAAAACCGUUCUGCUGUGUAUGAACACCCUGGAGCUAUACGGAUCUGCAGACCCUUUCCAGCGACUAACACGCUCUCCUCGCAAAAACCGGCAGUCGACAUCAGACUUUUGCAUGCGCGGCCUGUCUAACUUUUAUUCCGAUUCAAAGAAACGGAUCCGUACUUCCUACCAGAGCCUUACGGAGCUUUCUGAUAAUCAGGUGUCUUUGGACCUAGAGAGGAGCAAGUCACCCACCUCAGCACCCUACACCCCUUCCCUCCAUAAUGACCCUCGAGGCACAGGGGAACCUGUGUCCAACCUGCGGUCCUGCCACUACAGUCCUGUCUUUUACCUGUUGGACAAUGUCAAGGGACCAGGCAGAAAGUUAAGUCUACCCACAGAUCUUAAGACUGAUCUUGAUCAUGUGAAUGGACAUUGCACUAGCCCCACCUCCCAGCCCUGUCCGACUGGGAGGGCCAGAGUCCCGGGGGGCCCUGAAGGGCCACGCCUUGCCCGCAGGGGGCCCGGCCGACCGCCCUUCCGCAAGGCCCAGUCCGCCGCAUGCAUGGAGGUCUCUUUGCCUGUGUCCUCCCUCACCGAAGGUUAUCCGUCCCGACGAGCCAUGCUGCAGCAGUUACACGGAGUCAGUAUGUACUCUCAUGAUGAGCAUCACAUCACCACCUACUCCUGGAGCGAGAGAGAGAGUCGAGAAAACUCGUUCAGCCGGUCACGGAGCUCUAGCGUUUCCAGCAUAGACAGAGAGACUAAAGAGGCCGUAACCACCCUGCAGUUUGCAGAGUCGUACGGACGUAAGUCAGACACCCUGCCUACGCCAUGCUUGUGGGUGGGCACGAGUCUGGGCCUGGUGCUCAUCAUCCCAAUGUCCAUUCCUACGGAUGAGCAGGAACGCCAGGAAGACCAUGUUACUAUGGCCCCCACUGGCACAGUGUUAAUGCUGAAGGGCUCCAUUCUGCGGUUUGCUUUUCUGGACUGUGGAGGUGCUCUUAUCAACAGUCCCUAUGAGGUGUGGCGGGACCAACAUGCCCCCGAUGACCCAGAUCGACCCCGCAAGAGGAAACUGGUUAACUUCUCGCCCUCGUCUUCUCAAGAGGCCAGUGGAGAUGGUCACUUAGCCGUAGUGUGUUCAGAGAGGCAGGCCAAGGUCUUCUUCAUGCCCUCCCAGGCCUGUCUAUAUGUGCAUAACAUCACUGAGUCGUCCUUCGUGCUGCGGGCUGACGUGGUAUCGGUUUGUAACAGCGUUUGUCUGGCCUGCUUCUGCGCCAAUGGACACAUAAUGACUUUGAGCCUUCCCAGUUUACGGCCUCUGCUAGAUGUCAACUACCUGCCGCUAACGGACAUGCGCAUUGCUAGAACAUUCUGCUUCACGAACGGAGGGCAGGCGCUGUAUCUGUGCUCCCCCACAGAGAUACAGAGAAUCACUUACAGCCAGGAGAUGUGUGACAACCUACAGGAGAUGUUAGGGGAGCUCUUUACACCCAUCGAGACCCCUGAGGCUCAGAACCGUGGCUUUCUCAAGGGCUUUUUUGGUGGCAACGCCCAAACCUUCGACCGAGAGGAGCUGUUUGGUGAGGCAGCGGCGGGUAAGGGGUCCCGCAGCCUGGCACAGCACAUCCCGGGACAGGGCGGAAUGGAGGGCAUGAAGGCAGCAGCAGGCGGGGUGGUGGGAGAACUGGCCCGAGCUCGCAUUGCCCUGGACGAGAGAGGACAAAGGCUGGGGGAGCUGGAAGAGAGGACCGCCCUGAUGAUGGCCAGUGCUGACACCUUCUCUAAACACGCUCACGAGCUGAUGCUGAAAUGCAAAGACAAGAAGUGGUAUCAGUUUUAGAGGAUCCUCGGGGAGGGCACAUUUCAUGCUCGUGCCACAAGAGGGUGCUACUCUGGUACUUGGACUUUCACUCUUUUAAAGAGAGAGAGAGCGAACGAGACGAAUGGACCAAGAUGGACUUAAGGGCUGUUCAGCUUCUCUUCUGUCUGUGUACAGGAUUGUCUUACUCUGAUUGGUUAAAAAGGCUAAAACCAGAUUACGAUAUAAUGGACAUGUGCCAUUAGCGUUUAAGAGUAAGAGGGGUUCCAUACCCAUGUUGUAAAUCAGACGACAUCUUAUUCAUGUACAGGGGUGAAUCGGGGGCUCCUCACAAGAAGCAAAUUGGCUCACACCGUGUAGAUACUUGGAAAGUUAUGAAAUCAACAAGAGUGCAUGAAACAAAAUGGAUGACUUAUAAAAACAUAAAACUGCCAUAUUAAAAAGCAGCAUGUUACUUUAAAACAAAAUGGAAAUAAAAGAUUAACAAACUUUUAUUUAAUAACCUAAGCCAAUAAUAGAAACUAUGACAAAAAACUUUAUAUUUUUUGAAAUAGCAAACAAAUAUAUAUAAACUAAAAAAAAUGUAUACCUGCAUUGCUAUAAGGCCAAAAUAUUUUUUUUUUUGAUGACGCCAUACUGUUUCUUUCAGCGAUGUAUAUUUUCAGAAUAUUUACCACUCUGUCUUGUCAUAUUUGACGGCAACUUAUCCACCCUCUUACUGCGAAUCAGGCCGACGGCAGCUCAGUUGGCCACUCCAACAACGUUCAGUCACAAACGCAAACUUUUUCCGUUUUCUUUGCUGCUAGCUCGCAAAAAGCACCACAAACAACUUUUUAAUCCGUCUUCAAAAAGUACUUCACCCUCUCCUAGAGACGUAUGACGUGACAUGGUUUUAGAAGUGUGAGUAGUAAAAUGUAUUUGGCGCCACGUGAAGAGUGUGUGUCUGUGAGGUCCUUUUCGAGCGUGUUUCUCAUAUGUAAUACUUAACGUGCCAUAUUCUAGAUGGGUGAAGUAUCUUUAACUGUAAACUAGCGAUGAAUUAACUCGUCUGUGGUUGAUUUUCUGGGCUCUUGUAGAUAAGACAAGCCAGCCAAACUCAGACAGAACGGUUGGCUCUUCAUGCGUGUCUGUGGAAGUACAAAUACAGUCUGAUUUGUUUUCUAUUUCGUCAUGAUGUUCAUUUUAUUUUAAAAGAUCAAUUUCAGCUGGCCUGUUAUUUCGUUUCUAGUCUCUUCAGUUGCCUCAGGGCACGUGUAACAAAAAUUGUGCGUUGUUUUGUACCUCACUGAGGACAACGAGUGAGUGAUCUUCAUUUUCUCUGCCAAAGUUUGAAUGCAUCACGGAAUGAUUUCCCUCACAUUCCAGUAACGUUACAAGGGACAACUUUCGUUCGUUCGUUUCUUCUUCUUUUUUUCCCUUUAAUAUAACGUCAAAACGAUGUUUUCUACCUUACUACUGUUAGUGUCAGACGAUUGUUCGCUUGUGUCUUCUGGUUGUCAAUUGACUGUGGAAAUGGUGUUUAGACUGAUCAGAUGAAUAUUCAUGUUUUUUUGAAUAUGUGUCUGGAAAGAUCAAAUCGAGCGAGCCGCUCCGCGGUUCGCGCGUGAAUUAGUGUUACAUGUAAGCUAAAUCUUCCAGAAUCGUAUUUGAGACUCAUGUUGUGUUUCUAUGAUUUGUCCUCUGAUGACCUCUGACCUUCUAGUGCUUUACUGUAACAAUCUCAGCAUAUCUUCCGUAGUCCAUGCCUCUGCCCAUUUGGCUUUGUAUAUACAAGCUGCUACUCAGUAACGUAGAUGUUGUGCAUUGAAAUACGAACUCAAGGCUCAUGAGAAUACACAUCAUCAACCAUUAGUCAAACUUGGGCUCUUACGCAAUAUUACUUUUUUCCUUAUGCUUUUAUGUUGAAAUAAUAGCUCAUGAUUAAGGAAGCAUGUGUGGAGAUUUGGACUCAAGAAGACACUCAAGACUCUAAGAUGCCAAAACCAUGUAAAGGUGGUCUCUGCUGAAGAAUCCUGUGGGUUUUAGUUCAUGUUCACCAUUACAUUUGUUUCAACUGAUGCUCCAAUAAUUCCUCUUCAGUGUCAAAAUAAGUAAAAACUGACUCUCACAGACAGGGUGUUUUGUUUGUAUGUUCUCAGUUUUUAUAUGAAAAUGUACAGUUCAACCUGGAGGAGAGCGACAUGGUCAUUGAACUAAAUUAUGUGAUUUGGAUAUUCCUCUGUGAAUGUCGUACCUGUUUAAAGAUGGUACCGUGUCUGAUAUUCUGACUGAAGUUCUGUAGGUCUAACUGUAGUUUCCUCCACCCCAACUCCUGGUCCUCUGAUACCUUCAGAGAAGGCAGCAACGUCGGUCUUGUUUAAAUGGAUAAUGCCACCUUUCGUUCUUAUCGAUAUUCUAGUAGUGUUAUAGAGGUUAUUGAAAAUCAAAUGGAAAAAUAUGUUGAUGCAAAUCAAAUUGAAAUAAACAAUUAUUGAUGU